AUGCUUUACCCUCGGACCAACAGGGUCUUCAUCACUCAAGUGACGUUCCAACACCGUAUCGAGUCACCAACCCGUCAAGUCCCCGGAAAAGAUAGGAACAAAAGUUCAUCAUGGUGCCAUCCGUGUUUGAACACCGGUGAAAUCGGACAAACUUAUUUUUUCUUCUUUCACCAUCUUUCUUAGCGUGGCCGAGGGUAGUCACUUGGCUCAGCCAGGAUGACAAUGAGAGCGCUGCAUCAUGGCCGCACCUCUAAUCUCCUUCGAGCUUAAAAAGUCUUGAUGAAGACUAAAUUCGAUCUCGAGACGCUGCACUAAUGUACAGCUAAUCGAUCGCGCCGCAUGGGUUGCUUGCCUUAACGCUACCACUCCCUCACGUUAACUGGGCAUGCGACACCAGAUGGGAGAUAACAUUUGACAUAGCGGUGAGAAUGGGAUGAUACGGUGAUAUCUCAUCGAUAGCCGCCAUCGUUAUCCGUAAGCGUGUCUUCUCUCGUGGGGACAAUUGGGUGUCGUGGCAUGAAGGAGUAAGUGGGACCCUGCUUGAUGCUGAUGUGACGACUUUGCUGUCAUUGCGUGAGUGACGAUAUCGGUGAGCCGACUGUAGUGGCAUGAUCGGUAGGACAAAUUGCAACAAAUUGAUACCAAGGAGUUCCAUCCACUGAAUUAUACUUGUACU